AUGAAUAGACCUGUCGUCAUCACAUCGACGCCCUCCGUUUUCAUACAAGGACCAAGCCACCUGUUUGAGAAGCGCGGCUCUGGUGUCGCUCAAAAGCGACCCGAUCUCUCUAUCAUACCGAUUGCCGAGGUGUACAGGUGCAAUGUCUGUAGCUGGCGAACAGAUUCGGUUGCAAUGCUCGCGGAUCAUAUCAAAGACCGGCACCAGAGCAAUGUCGAGCCUGAGAACGGUGAUCCCUCCACCGAGCAAAUGGAUCUGAUCUCCCUGUUUACGUCUUCAUCGCAUGGUGAUGGGUCACCAGACGACCCAGUCGGGCCCGGCCAGAGCAUAAUCUCAUGUCGGUACCGCAAAUUGAAUUGCGAUCGCACUGAUCUGUGA